AUGAAGAAUAAUAUAUACCAAAAGAAGAAGGAAUUCGCUCACCAAAAGAUGAAGAUGAAGACGCUCCCGCAAGAGCUCAUCGCUCAGAUACUUUCCUUACUACCCGUCAACCCUCUGGUUCGUUUUCAAUGUGUUUCAAAGCUGUGGUUCGCCCUAAUCAACGAUUCAUAUUUCAUUAAGUUGCAUCUCAAUCGCUCCAAAGAACGCUUUCUCAUUUUAGAAACCGAUUAUCCAGAUGAUUACUCCAUGGUAAAGUUUUCCAACGGGGAUCAGUUCGGCACGGCCGUGAAGAUCAAACGACCACAUUACAACUUACAAAGCACGGAAAUUGUAGGCUCUUGCAACGGCCUGGUUUGCAUAAAGAGCUUCGAUAAUGAAUCAGUUGAAAGGAUUGUGAUAUGGAACCCAUUAAUCAGAAAAUAUAAGAAAUUACCUCCUAAGCCUCUAGAAAAGUUUAUUGCUAGAAGGCACUCAGCAUUUGGAUACGGCCAGGUCAACAACGACUACAAGCUUUUAAGGCUUGUGAAGUUCUGGCCAAAGGCUUGGCUUGACCGUCAAAGGGAUGAAAGAAGAAUAUAUAGUCUCGAGGUAUAUAGUCUCAGAGAACACUCUUGGAGAAUGGUUGAAGAAGAAUGGCCUAUUGAGGAACCGUAUACAAUAUCGAACGAGGCGUGUUUCUCGAACGGUGCUUUUCAUUGGGUGGUUACUUCUGAUGAGACGAACUUAAAAAAGUACCAUGUCACAUUUGAUCUCAGCACUGAAAAAUUCAGAGUGCAAGCAUUUCCUAUUAAUUCUUCUACCAAAGAGGAUCUCGAAUUGGUGGACUUGGGAGGAUGGCUCUUUGCAUUUUUUCCGCAACUCUGUGAAGUUUGGGUAAUGAAGGAGUAUGGGUUGUCCAGUAGUUGGACACUAUUUUAUACGGUGGAGCCGGCCUUUUCUAAAUACCCUCCUUUUGUGUUCUCACAUGACGGUGAAGAGAUUUUGACGGGAGAAAUUUUAGGGCCAAACUCUAGAGCUGAAUCAUUUUGUCUCUACUGGUAUGACAUAAAAAGGAAGACACAAAAAAUUGUUUCGAUUGAGAAUGUGCCCGAUUUGUAUGCGCCAGUUGUUUGUGUGGGAAGCCUCAUUCUCCUCAAUGAUGCUAAGCCUCAUUCUCCUCAAUGA